AUGGCUAACACCGAAUCAAAUGACAAUACCCAAUCAGCUCAACCGACUUCAAGUACUCUGAUGCCUUCAAUGGAGGGAGAAUGCAGCCAGCAAAGCUUCGGAGUCACGAACAAAUCAAGGAUAACCUUUCUUAUCAGUGAGCUUCAAAGGACCAAGAAAGGUUCCAUGAUAGUUGAUCAAUAUCUCAACACCGUGAAACAACUAGCAGAUAAUCUGGAAAUUGCUGGAAAAACGGUUCUUCAUGGUGAUUUUGUUACCCAAGUACUGGCUGGCUUAGAUAAAGACUACACUCCUAUUGUAGUUCAAAUUAAUAGUAGAGAAUCCAUCUCUUGGCAUCAACUACAAUCAGUACUUAUGAUCUAUGAAAGUAGAAUUGAAUAUCUGAAUGCUGUGAAAAACAAUCUUGCCUUAGAAACUUGA